GGGAGGAGAAAAAGGAGGCAAGAAAAGUAGCUGAAAGUGGGGUCUGCAGCAGGCGGUAAGGGAGCCGUUUGAGCAGCGGCAGCGGAGACAGCAGCGGCGGCGGCAGGAAGUCUGUGCCAGAGAAGAGCAGAAAUAAGAGACCCUGAGAGACCGAGGCAGAGAGAGUGAAAGAGGAAACUGCAGAAGAGGAAGCACCGCUGCAGUUGAAAGUCUCUUUCUGGUUCCCUCUCUGAGCAUCUCCCUAGCACGCACGCACGCCGGCAGCAGCAGCGGCAGCGGGAGCAGGAGCAGGAGCGGCGGCCAGUGGUAGUGGUGGUGGUGGUGGUGGUGGUGGAGGUGGAGGGCUAGUCUGCUCUCCAUCCAUUCAGGACCUGCACAUUUCACCUCCACGCUCGCUCUCCUCGAGCCCAUCGCCUCCUCUCCCUCUUCAUAGCCCUACGCACUGCCUCCUCCAGCCCCGCCGCACCACCCCCACUCUCCCCACCUCGGUAGUCCCUCCACUUCCCCCAGACACUCGGCUGCCAUGGCCCGGGAGAACGGGGAGAGCAGCUCCUCCUGGAAAAAACAAGCCGAGGACAUCAAGAAGAUUUUCGAGUUCAAGGAGACCCUGGGAACUGGUGCAUUUUCUGAAGUGGUUUUAGCAGAAGAAAAGGCAACUGGAAAACUCUUUGCAGUGAAAUGUAUCCCUAAGAAGGCACUAAAGGGCAAGGAAAGCAGCAUAGAGAAUGAGAUUGCUGUUCUGAGAAAAAUUAAGCAUGAAAAUAUCGUUGCUCUGGAAGAUAUUUAUGAAAGUCCGAAUCACUUAUACUUGGUUAUGCAGCUUGUAUCCGGAGGGGAGCUUUUUGAUCGAAUAGUGGAGAAAGGAUUUUACACGGAAAAAGAUGCCAGUACUCUAAUCCGCCAGGUCUUGGAUGCAGUCUAUUAUCUCCACAGGAUGGGAAUCGUACAUAGGGACCUCAAGCCUGAAAACCUUUUGUACUACAGUCAGGAUGAGGAGUCCAAAAUCAUGAUCAGUGACUUUGGGUUGUCCAAAAUGGAAGGCAAAGGAGAUGUCAUGUCUACGGCGUGUGGCACUCCAGGAUACGUGGCUCCAGAAGUCCUCGCGCAGAAACCUUAUAGUAAAGCCGUUGACUGCUGGUCCAUCGGUGUGAUUGCCUACAUAUUGCUCUGCGGUUAUCCACCCUUCUACGACGAAAAUGACUCUAAACUCUUUGAGCAGAUCCUCAAGGCAGAAUAUGAAUUUGACUCCCCCUAUUGGGAUGACAUCUCAGAUUCUGCUAAAGAUUUCAUUAGGAAUUUGAUGGAAAAAGAUCCCAAUAAAAGAUAUACAUGUGAGCAGGCAGCUCGGCACCCCUGGAUUGCUGGUGAUACAGCCCUCUGCAAAAACAUCCACGAGUCAGUCAGUGCCCAGAUCCGGAAGAACUUUGCAAAAAGCAAAUGGAGACAAGCAUUCAAUGCCACAGCCGUUGUGAGGCAUAUGAGGAAACUGCAUCUCGGCAGCAGCCUGGACAGUUCAAAUGCAAGUGUGUCAAGCAACCUCAGUCUGGCCAGCCAGCUCCCUGACGGGACAACCCGAAAAGAUCGCCUGGCAUCCUCCACACUCUGUAGUUUUAUUUCCUCCUCUUCGGGUGUCUCUGCAGUAGGAGCUGAGCGGAGACCGAGGCCAACCACUGUGACCACAGUCCACACUGGCAGCAAGUGACUGUCCCCGGUGGUAGAGGCUGGGCUGGUGGGGGAGAGGGAAGAGCUAGGAAAGAAGGCCCCACCAGCGGCCAGCAGGACGUGAUCUCACCUGAGUGAUUUCACCUUGCAUGGUGCCCCUUCCUGCACAGGACUGGAAGACAGAAGCUUUUUUUAUGGCCAUAUUUUAUACUGCAAUUCUGAAGUGUUCAUUUCUCACAAACUUUACAGACUCAAGGGGAGCCAGUUUAACUGGUUGGAUCUGGUGCUGUAUAUAUGAGUCUAGAGAUGCUCUAACUGAAUGAACCUUCGCAUUCCUCACCCCCAUUCCCCAGUCAUUUACUCUCUUCUCGGUGUAGGUAACAGUAUAUGUUGUAUUUUUUCAUUAAUGAAAAAAAAAGGUUUCAACUGGAUUAUUUAAAUAUUGGUAACUUGUGCA